GUGACUGGUCUUGCUUGUAAUAAUAUUAAUUCGAAAAAUACACUGUGUAUUAAAUGUGUGAUUGAUAUCAGAUAAAUAAAAUCUGUGUUAAAAGAACACUAAAUAAUAAAUCUCACCAAAAACCAAAAGACUUGAUUUAGUCAAAGAAAGAUUGUAAGUUUUGUGACUCGAGUGACCAUUGACGGCAAAGUGUGGCGACCGUCUCGACGUCGCUGGCUACAGCUGGCAGAAGACUCGAUGCUGGACAGCGACGAGGAAUCCUUCACUGUCAUAUCAUUGCCAGUCUACACGCCCGAUUUACCCGCGGCGAGCUACGGUAAGAAGAACGGCAUGUGGUACGGAGGAACCGGUACGGGUACGAGCGGGUGGGCGCGCGCCAGCGUCCGUAAGCAGUCCGUGGCGGAGUCCGAUGCGCCUCCUCCCGGCGGCGGUAAACCCUCCAGCGGUCGAGUAAUCAGGAUCAUCAACAACAUGGACCACUCCAUACAGUGUCGUGUUUUGUUAAAUCUCCGAACCACACAACCAUUCGAAGAAGUUUUAGAAGAUUUGGGACAAGUGUUGAAAAUGAGUGGUGCAAAAAGAAUGUACACAAUUACAGGCCAAGAGGUUCGAAGUUUUUCCCAGCUGCGAAACGAGUUUGCAGACGUGGAGACAUUUUAUCUUGGAUCUAUUGUGGUACCUCCAGCGCUAAGCCCUGUCGUCACUGCCCCUGCCAUGCUGCCCAUUGAGUCGCCUAUCAGAAGAUCUCGUUCGAGAGCAACAGUAGCUUCACUGCCGAUAUCAGAAGAUUCCAGAGGCAGGAGAGCUCGCAGCAAAAGUAGACCGAGGGUUUUGUAUGCGCCUGAAGGAGAAAUUAUACGCAAUUCAGACUAUACACUACUGGAAGUUCUCAAAGAGGAGCCAAUGCGAGUGACGAUCCGAGGCCUGCGCCGUACCUUUUACCCGCCCAUACACCACGCGCCCAUCGACAACUCGCCUCCGGACAAGAAAAUGCAGCUCGAUUGGGUUUAUGGGUACAGAGGUGCGGACUCUCGUCGCAACUUGUGGGUGUUGCCGACGGGCGAGUUACUGUACUAUGUGGCGGCGGUGGCCGUCAUGUACGACCGCGACGAGGACUCACAGCGGCAUUACACCGGCCACACUGAAGAUAUACAAUGUAUGGAGCUACACCCGUCCCGCGAGCUGGUGGCGAGCGGGCAGCGCGCGGGGCGCGGGCGGCGCGCGCAGGCGCACGUGCGCAUCUGGAGCGCGGACUCGCUGCAGACGCUACAUGUCUGCGGCAUGGCGGAGUUCGAGGCCGGCGUCUCCGCUGUCGCCUUCUCACAGCUGAAUGGAGGAAGCUACGUGUUAGCCGUGGACGCAGGCCGAGAGAGCAUUCUCUCCGUGUGGCAAUGGCAGUGGGGACAUUUACUUGGAAAAGUUGCUACCCUGCAAGAAGAAUUAACAGGCGCGGCAUUCCAUCCUCUGGAUGACAAUCUACUCAUCACUCACGGAAAAGGACAUCUCGCUUUCUGGAACCGACGAAAGGAUGGCUUUUUCGAGCGCACCGAUAUUAUUAAACCACCUUCUCGCACCAACGUGACUGCGCUGCAGUUCGAGCAGGACGGCGAUGUGGUGACAGCGGACAGCGAUGGCUUUAUCACUGUGUAUAGUGUUGACAGUGACGGCGCGUAUUUUGUGCGUAUGGAGUUUGAGGCACAUAUAAAGGGAAUCAGCUCUUUAGUAAUGCUCUCCGAAGGUACACUCAUAUCUGGAGGUGAAAAGGACAGGAAGAUAGCUGCUUGGGAUUCCUUACAAAAUUACAAACGAAUCACCGAAACUAAGUUGCCAGAUACAGCGGGCGGUGUACGAAGCAUUUACCCUCAAAGACCAGGUCGUAAUGAUGGCAAUCUCUACAUUGGAACAACGAAGAAUAAUAUCCUCGAAGGAUCAUUGCAAAGGAGAUUUAAUCAGAUUAUAUUCGGCCAUCACAAAUUACUGAUGGGUCUGGCCGUGCACCCGGAUGACGAAAUGUUUGCGACCGCCGGCAAUGACAAGAAUAUCGCUCUCUGGAAGGGACACAAACCUAUAUUUGUUACACAGGUGGGCUACGAGUGCGUGUCUCUGGCGUGGCACCCCAGCGGCGGUGCGCUCGCGGCUGGAAGCACUGAAGGUCACCUGGUCGUGCUGAACGCAGACGCGGGCACGCACGUUGCUACUCUCAGAGUUUGUGGCUCGCCACUCAACUGUCUACAGUAUAAUACAGCUGGUGAUAUAUUAGCGAUAGGAUCUCAAAACGGCAGCAUAUACCUGUUCCGAGUGUCUCGCGAUGGGUUUUCAUAUAAAAAGUUAAAUAAAAUCCGCGGCGCGCAACCGCUGGUGCAACUCGACUGGAGCAUGGACGGCAGCUACCUGCAGACGGUCACCGCUGACUAUGACCUGUCUUUCUGGGAUAUAAAAGCGUUAUCGCCAGAGAAAAGUCCGAUAGCUAUGAAAGACGUGAAAUGGUCAACAUAUAAUGCUACGGUCGGAUUCCUCGUGUCAGGAAUGUGGAAUAACCGUUUCUACCCCAUGACGUCAUUGAUAACGACUGCCAGUCGCUCCUCUGCACAUGACCUUCUUAUUAGUGGCGAUUCUGAUGGCUACUUGCGUAUAUUUAGGUACCCUUGCGCAAGUCCGAAAGCGGAAUAUAAUGAAAUGAAAGCAUACUCGGGAGCCGUGCACAACGCCCGCUUCCUGUUCAAUGACCGGUGCCUGAUCAGCUCCGGUGGUACCGACGCCGCGCUGAUGCUGUGGGAGCUAGUGGAUGAAUAGCAUAUGGCCACGCAGGCGCUCCGGCCGCCUGCGCUCGUGGUAGCUCCGCCCACGCCCUCACCGCAGCACAAUGGUGUACGCAACUCGACCUUCCGAGUACUCGAAUAUGAUGAUUUCGAUUGAAUCGAGUUAUUGCGUUUCAGCUCUAUGGUCUGUGGGAUUCCCCGGAUUACUCGAUUCCGAUUGAUCGAUAAAUCGAUUUACCUUAACCUACGUCCUUGAAUGAGGUUUUAACUUAACUGUAACUAUGAAUUGUUACAUACGAGUUAAAUGAAUAUGAGUAUUUAACAUUAAAAAGUAAUAAAGAAAGAGAGUGAUAAAGAAAAUUGUGCUUCGUUUUAGGCAAAAAUACUGAACGUGAAUUUUAUGGCUACACAUUCUUAAAACAAAUAAAUACAUUUAAGAACACGUAUGAAAUAUAAAGAAAUAUAUCAAUGCCAUGAGCGCGUUUCAAAGUUUGUUGGUGAAGAAAUGACAUCUCAAUAUCGAUUUAUAUUUCAAGAGAUUAGCACUUUUACGCUAUGUAGACAUGGCGACCAUAAUUAAAGUAUUAAUUGUAAUUUUAGACUUCACUGCCAUUUCUAAUAAUGAUAUUGUUACAAUUAGUUUGUAAAAUGUCAUAAUGUCCUUAAUCUGAUUUAAGGAAUUUUGGUCAUGAAAAGUCGUUGAAAGGGUAAUCACUCAAAACCUCUUUGUUCGUUAAUUUGUGGAAGCUCUGAGAGCUAUGCCUCGAACUUAAAGCAUGAUUUUAUUGUAAUGUUUUACUCUGGUUAAUCUUUGAAUUAUUUGGAAGAUGCAAAAGUUUAAUUGUUUUUCUAAUUCGCCUAAAAUAGUACUUAGAUCAUGAUUUUAAAUAUUGUACUUGAUAAAUAUAUAUUGAUAAGAAUUUAAGGAAAAUUAGGAGAGUAAUGUUAUCGCAAUUUAUUACGGCUUUGUACCAAUGUAAUACUAGUUAAAUGAAUUAUUAAAAGUGGCAGGCCACUGGUUUAUCAAAACAUUUUAUAUAACGAUACAAUUUUUACACCUAAAGUAGAUGUUCACAUUAUGUAAAGUAAUUUUGCAAUGGCUCUAACACGAUUACAUUUAUCUUUU